AUUUUAUUAGACGGAGGAAGUAAAAUAUUCGGGCUCGAAGACUCAUCCUCUGAUUCCAAAUGCAAUUUUUCCCCCGAGUAGUGUCAUGUGCAACCGUGCAAAAGAGGACAGUGCUACGACACGUGAGGAGUAGAAACAAAUUAACGAUGAGCACAUCAUUCAGCUUAGCUCACACUGCUCACUAGCUACACGCUGACAUACCCUCCUCCAGAGACCUUCUUGUUCCUCCUAUUCGCAUCCCCAUGAACGCAUAUUACCAAGAACAGUAUAUAAGCCCCACAGUCCCCUGUACGUCUGCACACACAUAUACACAAACAGCUACAGUACCUUCUUCCCUUAGCUGAAUUAUCAUCUGAACUUCGACGAUCACCGUCGCCGGAGACGAUGACGAAGCUAGGAGGCGGCGGCGAUGUGAAGUCAUCGUGGUCGAGCGGCGAUGUGGCGACGGCGUGCGGGCUGCUGGCGGUGCAGUUCAUGUUCGGGGUGUACAUGAUGUUCCUGGACGGGCUGCUGGCCGCCGGCGUGCCGUCGCUCUUCAUCAUCGUCGUCGCCUGCGCCGCCUCCUCCGCCGUCGUGCUCCCUUUCGCCGUCGCGCUCGAGAGGAACAACUGGCCCAAGCAAUGGAUCCCCGUGCUGAUCCUCCAGCUCCUCAUCAUCUCCCUCGGAGGGGUGUCCCUGUACCAAGUGUUUAUGAUGCUCGGUGUCGAGCGGACCUCGCCGGCAAUUGCAUCCGCCAUGCCCAAUCUUGGCCCCGGCUUCAUCUUCGUUAUCUCCGCCUGCCUCGGGUUUGAGAGGUUUGAGUGGAGGUGCAAGUACACUAGAGCAAAGAUCCUGGGCACAUUGGUGUGCCUCAGUGGAGCAAUGUGUGUGAGCUUCCUAAAGAAUCCCACUCCCGGCACACCGCCGAAGUCCGUUUCCGGGCCAGGGGAUGACGAAGAGCUCUCCGGUGUAAGCAUCGACAGAGGUUGGGUCCUUGGCUGCCUAUACCUGCUCACCGGAGUCACCAUCUUCGCCUGCAACACCGUCCUGCAGACUGCAGCCCUGAAGAGAUUCCCUGCGCCGCUGUCGAUCUGCGUGAUCACCGCCAUGAUGGGGUCGAUCUUCAGCGCUAUCAUCCAGGUCAUCAUGGAGGGAAACCUCAGCGCGGGCACUGCGAAGAACGUCCCCAGAAUCAUCGGUGAAAUUGUGCUUGUGGGAGGUGUGGUGGUCGGCCUGUGCACAACGUUCCAGGUGUCGAGCAUUGGACGCAAGGGCCCCGUCCUCGUGUCGAUGUUCAGCCCGUUCCAGACCGUCUUCUCGGCGUUCAUCUCCUUCGUUCUUUUUGGUCAGUGGAUCGGCAUAGGAUGCCUUGUGGGAAUUGUGCUCAUGUUCGCUGGCCUUUACGUGGUGCUAUGGGCGAAGAACAGGGAGGACAAGAUGUUCGCCGAGCUCAUGGCACCGUGUGAUGAAGGUGAAUGUGAUAUCGAGAGGCCACUCUUGUAGUGAUGAAUCAUCAAAUUCACUUGCUUGUAGUACUGAAGGGAAAAUGUUAGUGCUAAAGGUUACAACCAAGUACUGAUCAUGUUUACUCCCUCUUUUUGCUGGUAUGUGGUUUGUAUUUUGAAAUGUACUAAAGCCUCCAGUUUUUGCUUUUGUCGGAAUUGCUACAGUUGAAGUUUUUUGCAGCUGCUGUACAAGUUUGAUCCUGAUGGACUUGUGACCUUUCUGUAAAUAUUAUUUCCCCA